AUGACGCCGAUUCAUCUCUGCGAAGACGUGGUGCCGUGCGACAACCCGAUGAUGUCUGGCAACGACGCACCGAUGGACGUAUCUACGCCCGUCUGGCGAAACACCACCUCAUCAAGAAACCCUCGAUUAUUUUUACGGACCUUAGAACCCUGGCUUUCCCGCCUUCUCGUGGCCCCCGAGUGGUCCCCUCCGAUACUGUCAAUUUCCAGGAACCGGCUGGCUCAACUCGAGGUCCAGUGUGCAUUGCCCGGCAACGGCCAUAUCGAAACUGUCAACACCACCGUCAGCGUCCGGGAGAAGUUCAAAAAUGUGUACGCAUCGUUGCUACCGGACAUGCCGCAACCCUCCAACAUCUGCGUGUACGCCUCGGUGCAGCCCAAACCACCC